AUGCCAUCUUCGAUUCCUCGCCAAUCGCGUUCGCCGUCUCCAGAGAAUGAUAUCUUUGCAGUCCCCGACUUUAUUGUACCUCCACGCGAGAUCAAGACCGCCGGUUCAACGGACCUUACGUUCAAUGGCAUACUUCCCGCACCUCUCAAGCUGCACGAAGACCUCGCUGAAGGCUGCGGUGGCCAGCUCUGGCCAGCGGGCAUGACGCUUGCGCAAUAUAUGCUUGCGUACCACAAGAAUCUGCGAGACAAGCAGAUCGUUGAAAUAGGUGCUGGCGGAGGCCUUGUGGGCCUUGCAGUCGCCAUAGGAUGCGAGGUGAACACCCAGCUGCUCAUGACAGACCAAUUACCGAUGCUGGGUUUGAUGGAGAAGAACGUGGUGAUUAAUGGCCUCCAGGAAAAGGUCAGGCCAUCUGUAUAUGACUGGGGAAGCAUUGAAGUGCCUACUUUCUCCACAGCUACUGGCAAGCCGGAUCUCAUUCUUGCCGCCGACUGUGUAUACUUCGAACCAGCGUUUCCACUACUGCUCCGAACUCUGACAGAUCUCAUCGGAACAAACACGAUAUGCUACUUCUGCUUCAAGAAACGGAGGAAGGCCGAUAUGCGUUUCAUACGAGACAUGCGACGUACGUUGGAAGUUAAGGAGGUAACGUACGAUUGGCAAAUAGAUGAUAGAAGGAAUAUGAUCUUCCUUUACGAGGUCACGAGCAAGAUCAGAUCAUGA